CAUUACGCAUGCGCACUGACAACUCUACACACCCGCUGCCAUCCCGAUUUCCGUCCAAGAGUAAAUCUUGAUCGAGUAGUCUUAAGAUUUGAUCAAUUUUUAGCGGUUAGAGGCGACAUAUUGGCGGGAAUUUCGGCCUUUUGGAACGACAAGAGAUGGCCAGAGAGUAUGAUCACCUUUUCAAGCUACUGAUCAUUGGAGAUAGCGGUGUUGGCAAGAGCAGCUUGCUGUUAAGGUUUGCAGACAACACAUUUUCAGGUACCUACAUAACGACAAUUGGUGUGGAUUUCAAGAUCAGGACGACGGAAAUGAAUGGAGAGAAGGUGAAACUUCAGAUCUGGGACACGGCCGGGCAGGAGCGGUUUCGUACCAUCACUUCCACGUAUUACAGAGGGACCCAUGGAGUUAUAGUGGUGUAUGAUGUCACCAGUGCAGACUCAUUCGUCAACGUCAAGAGAUGGUUACAUGAAAUAGACCAGAAUUGUGACGUGGUCAACAGGAUACUAGUGGGAAACAAGAACGACUGUCCCGAGAGGAAAGUGGUGGAGACGGGUGACGCGCAAAGGUUCGCUGACCAGAUGGGCAUCAAACUGUUUGAAACCAGUGCCAAGGAAAACAUCAACGUGGAAGAGAUGUUUAACGAGAUCACGAGGCAAGUUCUUCACCAGAAGAAGGAGACCCAGGCCAAACUAGCAGCACAGACGAACGAGACGAUAAAACUGGACAAACACAAGGGGCACAAGAGAAGAAGAUGUGGUGCCGUCGGCUGCAAGAUGUGAACGCCCCCCCUCCCCAUUUCAAUUUUGUGACGUUAGAAAAACUUUUAGUCCUUUUUAUUUAUGCAGUGAAGAAUGAAUGGUAAUAUUUCUUGACUUACGAUUGAUGUGGUUGAAAGCAGUCACCCUGAACUUUGAGUAGCACACCAGCAAUCAUUAGGUAAAAAUUUGGAAACAACUCAAAACACAUUUCUGUAUGAAAAUGAUAGAAAUGUAUAGAAAAUUCCAGUGCCAGUUUACUAGCUGCCAAUGAUGUUACUUUCCAUCCUUGCGGCAGAAGUCUUCUUUAGUCAUUGUACAAAUUUCUGUGCUCCAAAAUCAUUUUAGAAAAUGAUUAUCAUUAUGAUCCGCCCAAAAACAAAUGUACAAAAUGUAAUUACAACUGUCGUUUCUGGAAACAUAAUGUCAACAACUGUGACACUUGUGAAGUACAUGUAACAGCAUACUUUUGUGGCUGCAAAGCCCGCAGGAGGUUACAACACAGACUGGCUCUUUGCCAAUUGGUAGGAUUUAUUGGAAGCAAAUAGUUGCCAGCAAAACCUCUUACAUCUAAAUGUGCACACCAACAACCCUGGACCUACAUAUCUUCUAAACUGUGACGAAAGUACUUCGUUUCUAAAUUUUAGAGGCAAUGAUAUGAAUCAGCAAGUCUUAGAUGUUCCCAUCGACCAAAAGAAGGAAAUUGGGGGGCUUCUUGUAGAUAUCUUAAAGUGUGAAUUGCAAGAAUGUUUUUAAGUCCACUUCUCAUGCUACCAGCCAACCAAUGUUAACACUAUAAUCAGAAUGACACUAUGUGUUUGUUGCUAACAAUGUAUUUGUGUGUUGUAUCCAAUAGCCUGUUUGAAGGGGCUUGUCCAGCUCAGAGUACAUAACAUGACUCAUAUGUUGAUCAGUCAAAUGCUGUUUCUUGUUUGUAGCGUCUUGAAAAAUCAUUAUCCUCUUGGACUCAGGUAUUCUUAUAAAUUAAUGCAUUCUGUAACCCCAGUUACUACACAGGAAAAAGAAGUUUGUUUUAUUAGGAACUUUGUAGCAAACUUGGCAACAUAAAUCAUCAACAGGCCAUGUUGUACAUAUCACCACAAGGGUUUAUGCAAAAAAAAUUGUACCUGAAGCAGUUGGAUGUUUUUCAGGAUUAGUGUCAAAAGCCAAGAGCUAACUAGAAUGCUGAAAGUUGUUGGAUCAUUUAAAAAGGGAAUUAAAUUCAGAUUCUGGCAAGUUGGCACGCUUUAAACUUGAUUUUGUAAGUUUCAAAUUAGUGCUGUUUUUUUGUCUCUGAGAAUGUGCCAGACCAGGGAUUGUCUUCCAUAAUCACACAGCAGUUGUGGCAUGUUUCAAUUUUGACUGUUUUCCAACUUGUAAAGAGAAGAUGGUAAUGUGGUACAAGAGUGAUUUCAUCUUGUCUGUGGAAAUGGAUAUAGCCCUCUGGUUAUUUUGAUGUGCACUGACAUCAAGGAAAUUGGAACAUGAUUUUUUUGAGUGGAAAGGAACACCUUGCAGGUAUCCUUUGUACUUGGGCAAAACCAGAUAAAUCACUUGUUUCCUGGCAUUUAUGGAGUUUUAGCCCCUGGAUCCUGUAUGAAUUUUCAGAAGCAAGAUAUUUAGUUGACAAGUGCUUAGCAGGUGACAUUCAAGCUGGCAUUCUGUACAGUACCAUUCAAAGUCCUAAAGAGGGAAUCAAAUUUUUAGUCAUUGAUAUCAUAAUGACAUUAUAAGUCUUUUUAAUAGCUGUCUGUAAGAACAGCUUCAAUUUGCUAGAAAAUAAACUGAGCCCUUUUCUGCCAUAACUUUGCUGCAACCUACCUUUAUGUACUUUGUGGUUUAAUCCAACUCUGAAGUGUUAUCAUUGCAUUGCUGUAUGUGGGGACUGUACCACUCUCUACAUUAGGGGUGGUCAGGAUAGACUGUUGUUGCCUUCACAACAAAACAAAAUCUGACAGCUAAAGAAUAGCAUACAAUUUGUACAUUCACUUCUGUGGUACCAUUAGGUAUGGAUAUCUAAUAUUAGCAGAUAUUUUUGAUUAAUCAGAAGUACAUGUACCAGUAUAGUAAUCUAGUGUGUCAACUUAUAUUACAAUGAAUCAUAGUAUAGCACUAGCAUAGGUUGACCAACCGUUGUACAAAUUGUAAGAAUCUUGAUAUUUUCGUGUUCUCUGCAUGUUUGUAUUCUAAUUAAUCAAAGCAUGGUAGGCAAUUUACUUCCUGUCAAAUUAUUACGUUUGAAUCAUUUUUAUUUGGAGAGCUGAUGAAAAUGUGGAAUACGGACAGCCAUUUUACUAGAUAGGAUAUUUUUUCGAAAAAAGAAAAGAUUUUGAGAAUGAAAGCCUGAACACUAGCACUUUGAACUAAUUAUGAACGUAUGGACUAAUUAUGUAUACUUGUGUCAGUGCUUAGCAUUGGAAUUUUCUGGAAAAAAAGGCUUCUUUUGAGUUUUGUGUUACCUCAGCUGCGGCUUGUAUUAAAUCUUGUCAUGAAAGACCUU